AUGUCGGGACACACAAAACGGGCCAUGGCGCAGAAGAAGGCCAACAAGGAGCGACGGGCUUGUCUCCAUGGACAACGUGUCUCAACACACCAACGUAAGAAACCCCAACAACGAUCACAACAACAACAACAACAACAACAACAACAAUAUCAACAUCAUAGACAAGGGACUCGUCCACACAAUGGUAUCUACGAUGACGUGGACCCUUUGGAUCGUCAGUUGUUUGAUUACAUUAUUGUUGUAGAUGUGGAAGCCACCUGCGAACGGGACACCAACAAUUACCCACACGAAAUCAUUGAACUCCCUGGUGUGUUGAUUGACGUCCGUCGCGGUGUUGUGGACCGCCAACGCUCCUUCCGCUCAUAUGUGCGCCCCACGCGGCAUCCAAUUCUCACCGACUUCUGCAAAUCCCUCACAGGCAUCUCACAGGAGGAUGUGGAUAAGGCCCCAACACUGCAGGAGGUCGUGCAGGCCUUUGAGAGUUGGUUUCGCGCCACUAUUCCUGCAGGCGCCAAAGUCGCCUUCGCUGCGGAUGGCCCGUGGGAUUUUAAGAACUUUAUUUACGAACACGCCAUUGUGCGGGAUCACGUGAGCUUCCCUAGUCUCUUUUACGAAUAUCUCGAUAUCCGUACGACCUUCGCCCACCACUUUAAUCGAGGCGCCCCACUCAAGUUGGAUGCCAUGUUGAAUCGCAUGAAAUUACGAUUUGAAGGUAGACCACACUGUGGCUUUGAUGAUGCCGUGAAUAUCGCACGAUUGGCCAUUGCCAUGAUGCGAGCGGGAUGUGUCUUUGACUAUCUUGUGGCUAUUCCACUGGAUGAUAGUUUUCACUACAGCAUGGAUGGUUUCCCACUGUACCGCCGUGAAGAGGGAAGCGGUAAACUAGACGCAGAUGUGGUGAAUGAUAUCGCCAAGGGCUGCUACGGUAUGGAUUUCUUCACAUUCGGCGAACAGCACAGAGAGAAAGUACUGCAGUACCGCAGUGAACACCCGAGAGAGUUCCGACAUGCGGCACUAAAGUAUAUGGAUGAACGCUUUCAUCGUGGUAGAUUGACAGCAGUUCGUUCUCGUUUAAUGGCUUUAUUCGUACUGGCAAUGAUAGCAGUAGCAAUGAUAUUGCAGUUAUUAUAUACGAGGCUAACAAAAGGGUGGCUUCUGAGGUAG